AUGAACGGCACGUCUAUCGAACAGAACAAGAAGAUCGUCGGACAGUACUUUACGGAGUUCUGGGGCAAGGGGAACGUCGACAUUGUUGACACCCUUUGCGUCCCCGACUACAAGAUGCACUACCCCAUGCACGGUGACAUCGUAGGCCGCGAGGCCGCCAAGAAGAUGCUCCUGGACUUGCGCACCGCGUUUCCCGACUUGACCUUUUGGCCUGUUGGGCCUCUCAUUGCUGAGAACUCUGUGGAUGGCGACUUCGUCGUUGGACGUUGGGACGGCGGUGGUACCCACACCGGCCCCGCGUUUGAGGACCUUGCCCUUGGCGAACUCGACAAGCCGAACACUGGCAAGGUUAUGCGUUUCACCGGCACAACCGUGUUCCGCCUCAAGGACGGCAUGAUCGUUGAGGAAAUGGGUGAAGAGGAUGCCCUUAGGGUUUGCUCCCAGCUUGGUGUUGUUGGUCCGCUUCGCUGGACCACCUCGUCUUAA